AUGAAGAAGGUGUCGAUCGCCGGCAUUGGGUUCCUGAGAAGAAGGCGACGGGGUUGCGUUCUAAUCGCGCACGGCAAUUGCCAGCAGUGUUGUGGAGAGGCCCUGGCGAUCAUUGUCCUGGCCGGUGGAUCCGCGGACGAGAUGCCGGCACUGAUUCGUGCCGGCCUCCUAUGGGACUUGGAGACUGAUACCCCAUCUACCACCACAACCAUCACCAUGCGUUUCGAGAUCACCGCCGCCGCUCUCUCCAUGUUCGCCGCCGUCGCCUCCGCCAGCUCUCCGGUCGAGGCUCGCGCCGCGGACCUCUCCCAGAUGCCUGCCUCCAGCCUGGCGGCCGGUCUCGUGGCCAAGCUGCCCGUGCAGGUCGACGUGAACGAGUACGACAAGUCCAGCGGCGAUGUCGCCGUCGGUGUCGUCGCCAACCUGGGCAACAUCCCUUACCUCGGCUCUCUUCCUCCCUUCAGCCGCACCGUGACGGUGAACCUGACCCUCAGCGGUCUGUCCGGUCUGCUGCCCAACUAA